GCACAUUGCAUGUAUUCUCUUUCUAUGAGGGUUGAAUUUUCACGCUCUGGGGAUAUCCCUUGUUUUUUCAUUCCUUUGAACUGUAUGAGAACACCAGUGUGUAUGUAUCCUGCUAUAUCAUAUCCUGUUAAUCGAAGCUUUGCCUCACACCCUGUGACCCAUUGGGACAUCUUUGGAAAAGUACAGCCUCCUUGUAUAGAUUAUACGGAAAAAUGUCUGGUGAACAUGACUGGAAUAAGACAAGUAUUCGAAAUUUGAUCACAAAAGAAUGGAACACAAAGUGUGCAGAUUGUGGAGCUCCAGAUCCAGGAUGGGCUUCCUUCCCGCUAGGUGUGUUCAUUUGUGUGGAUUGUUCUGGCAUACACCGGAAUCUCUCGGAAAUCAGUAAAGUGAGGUCUUUAACCAUGGACCACUGGGAAGAAACACAGAUUCAGUUUCUUGAAAACCAUGGAAACGACGUAGCCAAAAAAAUAUAUGAGGCUAAUGUUCCUGUGUAUUACUACAAACCGACACAUAAGGAUUGUCAUGUCUUACGAGAACAAUGGAUUCGCUCAAAAUAUGAACGCAAAGAAUUUGUUGGGAAAGGAAUUUCAAACAUUUCUUAUGGUGUGAAGAAAGGAAACCUUUUUAAGAAAGGGCGAGAUAAUGGGCAGUACCUUUCCCGACUGUUUAUCCUGUCCGAGAUGGAUGGCACCCUUAAAUACUUCACAAGACCAGAUGCCAAAGAGCCAAAAGCAGUGAUUAAAGUUGACUCAAUAAAUGCCUCCUUCCAGCCAGAGAAGAUGAAACAAUUUAAUGGACUGCAAAUCACAUAUAUCAAAGACAACAGGACCAGGAAUAUAUUUUUAUACCACUCUGAUGGACAGGAAAUUGUCAGCUGGUUUAAUGCUAUCCGUUCAGCACAGUAUCGUUAUAUGCAAGUUGCGUUUCCUACAGCAAGUGACAAUGAGAUAGUAAGACGCUUGACCCGGAAUUUCAUCAAGGAAGGUUACAUGGAGAAGACUGGACCAAAGCUGAAUGAUGGGUUCAAGAAGAGGUGGUUUACGCUUGAUAACCGUAGACUGAUGUACUUCAAAGACCCUUUGGAUGCUUUUGCAAAAGGUGAGGUGUUCUUGGGAAGCAGCGAGAAUGGUUAUCAUGUGAUGGCAGAGACAAUCUCAAGCAGUCAUGGGAACCCAAUGUGGAAUUAUGGAAUCUCUUUCAGUACACCCGAGCGCACGUAUCUUUUCAGCUGUGAAACUGAGAGUGAGCAGGAGAGCUGGAUCCAUGCAUUUAAGAGUGUUAUAAGUCAACCCAUGACACUCCGCGAAUACACUAUUGAAGCUCAAUUUAAACGUAGACCGUAACACGUCUGACACCAUAUGAACAUCUGGACUGUAAGCUUUUUCCUGAUGACAGCUUAGCGGUCAGUCUAGCAGUGUGUUUCACAUACAGAAUAAAGUAUUGGUCAAGUUUGGUUGAAAACAAAAGAUGAAACAUUGGGAAGCAAACUAAGCAGUUGAAUUUCACCUCAAGAUGAACUAAGUGACAAUGUUGUGCAUACAUUUUGUAUUAAAAGUUCCGAGUAAAACAGAUGUAUGUAAAUACAGCCGUAAAUUCUUUAGUACUUGAGGCCAGAGCAUUAAAAUAUUGAUGUGAUAGGA